AUGCCACUAGACGAAGAAGCUCUCAGAGUGCUCGCCAAUGGCGGGUCCAUUGAGCCCGAGAAGUGGAGGCAACUCGUGCAGCCCCUGCUCGAGCGGCUAGAUUUUAACAUUCACAAUGUAUUCCCUAUGCCCAAAGAGCCGCCAGGCUCUCGCGCGCAGCUACGUCCCCCGCAACCAAUGCCAAAUCCGCCCCCCGAAAGCGACAGCAACCAAGUGAGCGACGUACCCAGAGAUUCUCAGAUUGGUGAGCAGAAGAACGCCACCGGCGAAUCGCCCUUGUCGAAUGACCCUGUGUCAGCUUCACAGCCAGCGUCCGAGCCUUCAGAGACCGUCAGCACUCUACCGCCGCCUCUUGCGCAGCUGCUUGGAUCCAUUCGCUCCUCUAUUCAAACGUUCUUUACCGAAAAGCCCCCUCAUACCGUUCAAAGACUCGCAGAGCUUAUUCUUCGGCCGGCCGCCCACUACAAAACUCUUCCUGCUUAUCUCCGUGCCGUGGAUCGAGUCAUAUCUGUGACCAGUGGCGCAGAUGUCUUCCCUCUCCGCGCAUCUAGCACCGCGGAAACUCAAGGAAAUGGGAUUCUUCCCGUCUCUUUGGAUAAUGGAGGGGGUUAUUCGACAUCAGACUAUGCUUCUGCUUUAGGAAGCGACGAGUCGCUCGGCGGAGCGCUCCUUACGCCUAUUCCAUGGCUGAGUGGUACGUCCUUCGCGGCAGAGGACGGUGGCAUGCUCGAAGACCCAAAUACGACCGCACCGCCACCACAAGAGAUCGAAAUACCAGAGCCACUGGCAGAAGAGGGAGUAGAGAUCCCGAGGCGAGGUCUGGCAUCUGUGCCCACUGAGCCGUCCGAGGAAGUUCCCCACGCACGAGGUCCGUCGACUCUCGGCGUUGAGGAUCUAGGGCUACAGGAUGGUAAGGGUAUCGAGGUGGAGCUUGGUGCGCAAGACGGCCAAGAUGGCGCUCCAAGCUCGUCUGCUAUGGGAUCCAGCGUCAUGGAAGAUGCACCAAGCCCCACUGAUCAGGAUGGGGAUAUCUCUCUCGAUGACGCGACUUCCCAAGGUGAUACCAAGACGGAACAGAAGACCAGCGAUGUGCCCCAAUCAGGUAACGAGCCUUCUCAGGCAGAAGAAAGUAAAGAGUAG